AUGGAUCAGCUGUUGCCGUCGGAGGAGGCGCUGCUGGCCGUUUUACGAGCGGCUGGGUAUCCCGACGUUACGCUGGAGGCCGUCGAGCAUGUAGCUUCGCCGAGACUCGAGAGGGUCUAUCAUCUUUACCUGUCCGGCAAGGAAGAGAUGGUGCUGUUCAUGGCGCCGUCCUCCAACGUCAUGCUCAUGCGGGCCGAGCAGCUGCCGAUCAUGUCGGAAGCCGUUGUGCUCCGAUGGCUGACGAGCAUGCUUUGGCAGGACACUACCUCUAAGACUGGAAAGGGGGCCGCAGAAAUCUGGACCCCGUACGACAAAGCCGCAUGCACCUCGCGUGCCACAGGCGGGCGACCCACAAGCCCGUGCCGUGGUCUCGCAAUCAACCGCCUUCUCCCUUCGAUCGUCUCGUACUCGCCCACGGCCGGCCCCUUAGAGACCCCUUACAAACUCUUGCAGUACUCGCCGGGACACUCUCUGGCGACGCUCCAGCCCUCCCUGGCGCCAGAGCAGCUCCGCUCCAUUGCCUACCAGAGCGGCCAGAUCGCGCACCGGAUUUCCCGGCUCACGUCGCCAUCUGGACGAUUCGGAGGUGCGCUCUCUGUUCUCGGGAUGCCGACACCACACGAGAGCCCGGCGAACGCUGCUGUAUCGCACACGGGGGUGGCACAUGGCGCCCAGACGUGGGCGGCGGCAUUCCUUGCUCUGGUCGAGGACGUCCUGCACGACGGUGAAGAUAUGGCCAUUGUCCUAGCCUAUCCCAUGAUUCGGCGCCACGUGCAGAGAUUACUUUUUACCCUCAACCAGGUGACGACAGCGCGCUUGGUGCCGAUCAAUGCGCUGCAGGACACCAGCAUAUGCAUUCUCGGGAGCGAGCCGGCCACGGGUAGGGCAGAUCCAGGCGAAGCAUCAACAAGGGGAAUCAGCGCCUCCAGAGAAGAGAUCCUCGUCGCUGAUUCGAGGCCUACUGGAGCAGCUUUAGCACCUGCGGGUUCGGGUCUGGCCUCUGACGAUGUCAAGCAGGCAGGCAGUGACAAAUGCGGCACGGCGGGGAAGGCAGGCGGCGACAAACACGCCAACGAAAUCACGAUAUCUGGCCUAAAAGAUUGGUCGCAAUGUAUAUUCGGCGACAUACUAUUCUCCAAACCUUUUUGUGAGGACACCAACGAAGACUUCCUCCGAGGCUACGAAGACGAGGAGGACCGCGACGAAGGGGCCGACACCCCAGUAGGACGGGAUAAGACAGCGCACGUCCGGAUGCUCCUCUAUCGGUGCUACCAUGCCCUCGUCGCCAUCGUCCAAGAGUUUUACCGGCCGCAGCCAGGUGGGAGCCAGCGCGAAAUCACCGCCAGGAAGAGGCUGUACAGUACGCUUGCGCAACUGGAAAAGGUCGAGGACGACGACGACGACGAGGCCAGCCCCAAAGCGCGACACCGACGGCCGAGCGGAGUCGUGUCCCCAGCCAAGAAGGCCAAGGCGGACGAUGAGCACCUGGAGGCUUGA